GGCCGGCGGCCUCGGCGGGGCUGCGUCGCGGGCAGAGCGGGAGGCGGCCGAGCGGCGGCGGAGGAGCCGGAAGGCAGCCCCUGCAGUGCCCCUGGAGUCUGAGGGAAGGCGUUCCUCGACAGGUGCUGGUGGACGACCCCCCCCCCCCUCCAUGGCAGACGAUGUCGGCCACUAACAACAUCGCCCAGGCCAGGAAGCUGGUGGAGCAGCUGCGGAUUGAGGCCGGAAUGGAGAGGAUCAAGGUGUCCAAGGCCUCCCUGGAGCUGAUGAAUUACUGCGAGCAGCAGGCCAGGAACGACCCCCUGCUUGUUGGCCUCCCCACCUCGGAAAACCCCUUCAAGGACAAGAAGCCCUGCACCCUCCUAUAGCCAGGCGCACCCCCCACCCACCCCCGGCCCUCCUCUCCAGCCAGGCCAGGGGGGGGGAGCCGGCCUCACCCUGCCUUCUUGUCCCAUGGGCAGAUGGCCGAGUUCUGAGCCCAGGGCUCGGGAGGGCGCAGGCCAGGAUCCUGGGGCCAUUCUGGGAGGGGACCCCAUGGGAAGCUGGUCUGUCCAGCACUGAGGAUGCCCUUCCGGUGGAGACCUGGACCGGGUCGGGCAGGCAAAGGCCGGAGGCCCUUCCUGCAGCUGCCCGUCCCAGAUAGUUGAGGAGGGAGCUUCCCAAGCAGAAACGCCUUCUCUUUCUUCUCCUUUGGGCCCCCUCCAAGAUCCCCACCGCCCCCCUGAUUGUCACGUAGAGCUUCCCCCUCCCCCUCCCUCCCUCCGCCCCCUUGGGCUCCCCAGGGACAUUUGCAGGCCAGGCGGGGUGAGGGGUUCUUCUGUGGGUGGCCAGUGGCCUCCGUCCCGAGAAGCCAGGAGGCCACUUUGCUCAGGAAAGAGGAGGUCACCUGAGGGGCUGGGAAGCCCCCCCCAUCAAGCAACCCAGCCCCUACUUGUGCCAAAGCUUGCGGGGGGGGGGCUGUGCUGUGGCUGGUUGCACCAAUCCUGGCUCUUCCCCGAGAGAGGAACCGUGCCCCAAAAGCAGGACAGAGGACGAAGUUCCCUGGGGAGUCCUGGGGAUGCCAGCAGGGUGGAUGUGGGAAUAGGAGUGCGGGAGGGGGGUGAACGGGGGGGGGGGGCUGUGCCAGCUUCUUUAGUGGAGAGUCUGCUGUCCAGAAUGAGCUCCUCCCUCAAGGGCUGAGAGCUCCUCUUCUCCUGGCUGGGGAAGCUUUGGGGAGGGGGGGGGUAGAAUGGGAUUGGCAAGCACCCCCAGCUCCUCCCAGUGCAAAGCCAGAGAAGCUGCAGGGCUGCCAGCUGCUUGGUGCCCCUUUCUCCUUGGCCAGGAGCAGUGAGGGGGGCAUCUCCAGGGACCCCCGGCCACCAGGGCUCCCUGCCCCCCCCCCGCUCUCCUGGGAGGCUCAGCCUAUUUUGGGCCUUUUGUGCCAAAAUUACACCCGAUGCCCCCCUCCCCCAAGUGCGUGCCAAAGCAGACCCCCCCCUCCCAUCACUGCAAAAGGAGGCGGAGCACCUGCUCUCCGAAGGUCUCUCUCUGGUAAAGCUGAGAACAUUUAAAGUGUCGCUUACACCUAAAGUCUUUGUAAAAUUAUACAUACAAAAUUGCUACACAAGAUUUUAAAAAGUACAGCACACACAAAAAGCCACACAAAAAUCUAAAGACAGCAACAACAAAAAGUCUGCAACUUUAUGAGGCCCUAAACCUGUUUGUUUUAUACCUAAACCCAGCACUGGGCAAUCUCCCCCCCCCCCAAUCCCUGCCCAGGAGCCUCCUCCUCCCCCCCCCCCUUGCAUUGCCUUCCCCAGUCGACCGGCUGGGUCUUCCCUGCUUUCAGCUCUGCCUCUUCCAUGGCUAUGUGGGGCUCCCUCCUUCGGCCCUGGGUUCAAGGGCCGCCCUCCUCUCCUCAUCCCCUCUGGGAACCUAGGCCUUUUACACACAGAGGGGGGGGGGAGGGCGUUCCCCUCUCAAGCGGUUUGUUUUUUAAUUCUCCAAAGUGACAAAGGGGUUGACUCAGUUUUUCAAAAGAGCCUAGGGUUCCUCUUGUUCUUGUUCUUCUUUGCCAAACUCUUCCUGUUGCCAAAAAGAGGGGGGUCUGUAGGAGGGGGGGGAGGGAGGCUGCGUCUGGUCAUCUUUCCUUGCUAAUUCCUGCCACUCCCUUUUGCAAUCGGUUUCUGCCCCGGACUGACUUCCUUGCUCCCACUGAACAUGUGCUGAGGCUCCUCUUUUAAAAAAGUGAAUUGACAACUCGGAGAAUAAAGCCUGACUUUUGC